CGCCGCCGCGUCCCGCCGCCCCCGGCGCGCGCUCCCGCAGACCGUGCUCCUAGCAAGCGGAUGUGCGGGGUAACAUGUCCAGCGUGUCCGAGGAGAGGAGGAGAAGGCAGCAGAACAUCACGGAAGGACUGCAGUUCAUCCAGUCUCCACUGUCAUACCCAGGGACCCAGGAACAAUAUGCGGUUUAUUUGCGUGCUCUUGUGAGAAAUCUUUUUAAUGAAGGAAAUGAUGUUUAUCGGGAACGUGAUUGGACUAGCUCAAUAAGCCAAUAUACAGAAGCCUUGAAUAUAGCUGAUUAUGCAAAGUCUGAAGACAUUUUAAUCCCUAAAGACAUCAUUGAAAAACUGCAUAUAAAUCGUAUUGCCUGCUAUUCUAAUAUGGGUUUCCACGAGAAGGUUUUGGAAGACUGCAACGCUGUCCUCAGCUUCAAUAGCGGUAACUGCAAGGCUCUGUAUCGCAAGUCCAAGGCCUUAAGUGACUUGGGAAGGUACCGAGAGGCUUAUGAUGCGGUGGCCAAGUGCUCCUUAGCAGUGCCUCAGGAUGAACAUGUAAUCAAACUAACACAAGAGCUAGCUCAGAAAUUGGGAUUUAAAAUAAGGAAAGCAUACGUUAGAGCUGAGCUCUCAAUGAAAGCAGUCCCUGGGGAUGAAGUUACUAAGCCCAUGAGCUGUUCCGUGGAGGAUAUCGAGCCAGAUCUAUUGACCCCAAGGCAAGAAGCGCUUCCUGUGGUCUCCCUGCCCGCACCUGCUUUUUCUCACGGCGUUGGAAACGAGCUGGCCUCAGUCCCUAUGAUGCCUUUGACUUCUGUCUUGCCACUGCACGUGGAAGAGAGCACUCUGCCACCCACAGUGCUGGCCAAUGGAGGGAAGACGCCCUUCUCCGCCUCCGAGGCUUUCCUGGACGACGGAGACAUGGUCCUGGGUGAUGAGCUGGAUGACCUGCUUGAUUCUACGCCCGAGAGCGAGGACGCCAUUAUACACUCAGCUCUAGUCCGAGGACCCCUCCAGACAGCCAGUGUCCAGUCCCGGCUGCCCUUCUCUACUCCCUUGCUGGGAACCUUGCCCCUGGGUGCAAGGUGCGCGCCCCUGCCCUCCUUUGCCGAGCUGUACCCACCUCUGACCUCCUCCCUGGAGGACUUUUGCUCAUCUUUCAGUUCAUUUGCAAUGACCGAGCCCAAACCAGAUGUGUCCACCUCAACUACUAGAGAGGGAUCAACGCUUAACAGGAGUAAUUCCUCCCUUUUACUUAUGAAUGGACCAGGUAGUUUGUUUGCUUCUGAGAAUUUCCUGGGAAUUUCAAGUCAGCUUAGAAAUGACUUUGGAAACUUUUUUGGAAGUGUGAUUACUAAACCCUCUCCACCAGUGACUCCAAGACAUCCCCUUGAAGGAACUCAUGAGUUGAGACAAGCUUGCCAGAUCUGCUUUGUAAAAUCAGGCCCUAAGUUAAUGGAUUUCACCUAUCAUGCUACUAUAGAUCAUAAAUGUAAGAAAGAUAUUUUAAUUGGUAGGAUAAAGAAUGUUGAAGAUAAAUCAUGGAAAAAAAUACGUCCAAGACCAACAAAAACAAAUUAUGAAGGACCAUAUUAUAUAUGUAAAGAUGUGGCUGCUGAGGAAGAAUGUCGCUAUUCCGGCCACUGCACAUUUGCUUAUUGCCAGGAAGAGAUAGACAUCUGGACCCUGGAGAGAAAGGGAGCUUUCAGCCGAGAGGCUUUCUUUGGUGGCAAUGGGAAGAUCAAUCUUUCUGUGGGCAAACUUCUCCAAGAGCACCUUGGAGAAUUUAUAUUCCUUUGUGAGAAAUGUUUUGAUCAUAAACCUAGAAUGAUAAGUAAAAGAAAUAAGGAUAAUUCUUCUGCUUGUUCUCACCCUGAUACAAAGCAUGAAUUUGAAGACAAUAAGUGCCUCGUCCACAUUUUGCGAGAGACAACAGUAAAAUAUUCUAAAAUCCGUUCUUUUCAUGGUCAGUGUCAGCUUGACCUGUGUCGCCAUGAGGUUCGCUAUGGCUGCCAGCGGGAAGAUGAGUGCUUCUAUGCCCACAGUUUAGUGGAGCUGAAAGUCUGGACUAUGCAGAGUGAAACAGGUAUUUCACAUGAUGCCAUUGCUCAAGAAUCGAAACAGUAUUGGCAAAAUUUGGAAGCAGUCGGGCCUGGAGCUCAGGUAUUUGGCAAUCAAAUAAUGCCUGGAUCUCUUAAUAUGAAGAUAAAAUUUGUAUGUGCUCAGUGUCUGAGAAAUGGCCAAAUCAUUGAACCAGACAAGAACAGGAAAUACUGUAGUGCAAAAGCCAUGCACUCGUGGACCAAAGAUCGCCGGGCGAUGAGAGUGAUGUCUUUUGAACGUAAGAAGUGGAUGAACAUCCGUCCUCUCCCCACAAAGAAACAAAUGCCUUUACAGUUUGAUCUGUGCAACCACAUUGCUUCUGGGAAAAAGUGUCAGUAUGUUGGGAACUGUUCUUUUGCACAUAGUCUUGAGGAGCGGGAAGUGUGGACCUACAUGAAGGAGAAUGGGAUACAAGAUAUGGAGCAAUUUUAUGAACUGUGGCUCAAGAGUCAAAAAAAUGACAAAAGUGAUGAUGUAGCCAGCCAGUCAAACAAGGAAAAUGGGAAACAAAUCCACAUGCCAACAGACUAUGCCGAAGUUACUGUGGACUUCCACUGCUGGAUGUGCGGGAAGAACUGUAACAGCGAGAAGCAGUGGCAGGGCCACAUCUCGUCUGAGAAGCACAAGGAGAAGGUCUUCCACACAGAAGACGACCAAUAUUGCUGGCAGCACCGCUUCCCCACCGGCUAUUUUAGUAUUUGUGAGAGGUAUAUGACUGGCACUUGUCCAGAAGGGAGUGGCUGUAAAUUUGCACAUGGAAAUGCUGAACUUCAAGAAUGGGAAGAAAGAAGAAAUGCCCUAAAGAUGAAGCUCAACAAAGCAAGAAAAGAUCACUUAAUUGCCCCAAAUGAUAAUGACUUUGGAAAAUAUAGUUUUUUGUUUAAAGAUUUAAACUAAUAAUGCUGGCUUUUCUGUAACCUAAUCAGAGCACUGACCAGAAAAAAAAUUACAAGUGUUGUAAGGUGCGAGGCAGAGGAGCCGCAGCCUUCCUGCUUUGUGGCGAACCUCGUUCCUCCUCCUCCCGAGCAGCAACCACAGUAGGUAGGAAAACGGGAUGUUUCACAGGUCUGGCCAAGCUCUCACAGAACCGUUGGCAUCAAAUGGUGAAGUGACCGCGCUCUGGUGGCCAUCUGUUGAACGGACUUUUGGAUGAAGUGUGUUGGGAUGAGGAAAAGGUUAUGUCUAGGAUGAUUCUUUGAGUUGGUCCUUCAGAUAAGAACCAUGGCAGGAGAACAGACACUUGUGCUGGGGUCAGAAUACACAAUGGAUGUGAUUCUUUACAUGUUUUAGCAGAAUGAAUUGUUUAAUAAAAGUUUGCUACUUAUCUGUAUGUAGGUUGCUAAAAAAGGAUUUUCUUAACUCAGAUUUUAAGCCAAAUAACCAUUUAACAGUAGUAUAUGUUAAAUGGGGUAUUUUUCUGUAUUUGUAUGUUUCACUACAAUAAGGGAACCAGAAUAAUGUGCAUUGAGAAUAUUUUGAAAAAUAAUCAAUUGACUUAAAUUUUAUUUCUUGGUCUUUUGCUGUUUAAAUGAUGAUUUUGAACGAUUACACUUGUACUGCUGGUAUUGUGUAGUGUAUGGACCAAUAUUGCCUGUAAUAAAAUAUUUUAUAUAUAUGA